UUUCAAUUUUUUAUAUUUGAAAUUCUAAACACCCUUAUAUAUGUCUUGUGUAGAGAAAAAUCAAGACAACAAGAUGGACUUAUUUGUAAUGGUAGUUGGAGCAUCAGGAAUUGGCGACGGUGGUGAUAAGAAAUACAACUACAAAGUGGUAGCUUGGACAAACGAAGAUGAUCGACGGCAAACAAAGAUUGUAACAACAAACGCAGAUCCUGAGUUCCGUGAGGUUUUGCAUCUUCCUCAAAACAAGGCUGCAUCGUUUCUCAAUUUGGAGUUGUUCAGUGUAAAUUCAGCUGACACUGACGCAUUUUUUUGUGGGAGGGCAAAUACAGCAUUGCCCAUGAAGACAAAUGCUAAUGUGUACCGUAAGGUCAAACUUGAGAACUUGGACACCAGUGGAAAUAUCGUAACUGUUGGUUAUCUUGAAGUUUAUCUUGGCCUCGAGACUGGUUAAGCAACUUAAGACAAUUUGAUGACCAAACUAAUGUUGCUUUUGGAUUCUAUUCGUAAUUUUAAUGUU